AUAUUGUCGUGACGUUUAUCCACCACCAUCAGCUGCUUUGCCCCUGCAGCUUAAAACAGCAGUGAUUUUUCCACCUUGAGAUAUCCACUUUGAUUCCAUCCACAUCUCUUUUUGUUGCUCCUGUCUCUGAUUCUCUGUAUCUGUUCCCGUCCCGCUUGGUUCUUGUCCCUAACAUGCAGAAAAGAAAGAAGCCAGAACCGAUCCAGCUGAACCCGAUUCCUGAUGGAAACACUAUCAACGGAACAGGAGCCUCAGAAACAAACUUGGAGGCUUUGCAGAAAAAGCUGGAGGAGCUUGAGUUGGACGAGCAGCAACGGAAACGCUUGGAGGCCUUCCUGACACAGAAGCAGAAAGUGGGAGAGCUGAAGGAUGAUGACUUUGAGAAGAUCUGCGAGCUCGGCGCAGGCAACGGAGGCGUUGUUUUUAAGGUCUCGCAUCGACCAUCCAGUCUGAUUAUGGCCAGGAAGCUGAUCCACCUGGAGAUUAAGCCAGCCAUCAGGAACCAGAUUAUCCGGGAGCUGCAGGUGCUACAUGAGUGUAACUCUCCGUACAUAGUGGGCUUCUAUGGUGCGUUUUACAGCGAUGGAGAAAUCAGCAUCUGCAUGGAGCACAUGGAUGGUGGCUCUCUAGACCAGUCACUGAAGAAAGCAGGCAAAAUCCCAGAGGAGAUUCUUGGCAAAGUCAGCAUUGCUGUCAUCAAAGGUCUUUCCUACCUGCGUGAGAAGCACAAGAUCAUGCAUAGAGAUGUCAAGCCUUCUAACAUCCUGGUGAAUUCCCGUGGUGAGAUCAAGCUGUGUGAUUUUGGAGUGAGCGGACAGCUCAUAGACUCUAUGGCCAACUCCUUUGUGGGAACUCGUUCUUACAUGUCGCCAGAGCGUCUGCAGGGAACACAUUACUCUGUUCAGUCAGACAUCUGGAGUAUGGGUCUGUCUUUGGUGGAAAUGGCCAUUGGACGCUUCCCUAUCCCUCCACCUGAUUCCAAGGAACUGGAGCAAAUCUUUGGAUUUCCAGUGGAAGGGGAGGCAGCCUCCAGCGAGUCCCCGAAACCGUGCCCCCCUGGACGUACGGGCAGCUCGUAUGGACCAAACAGCAGACCACCAAUGGCUAUAUUUGAGCUACUCGAUUACAUAGUUAAUGAGCCCCCACCAAAGCUCCCUGCAAUAUUUAGCGCUGAAUUCCAGGAGUUUGUGAAUAAAUGCCUGAUUAAGAAUCCUGCAGAGAGAGCAGACUUAAAGCAGCUGAUGGUGCAUCCUUUUAUCAAACAAUCCGAGGCAGAAGAGGUGGACUUUGCUGGCUGGCUCUGCAGCACCAUUGGACUCAGUCAGCCUGCGACACCCACCCAUGGCACCAGCAUGUGAGACUGUCGACUGCAAAGCCAUAACCAGACCAAUCAAAAAGACGUUUUGGUUGCUUUUUAUUAUUGCUAAGUGUUUCCAAAGUAAGCAAUGUGGUUAAUCUUACAGGUGCAUCUCAAUAAAUUCAGAAAUUAUGAAAAGUUAAUUUCCAUUAUUUAAGUCAUGAAGUGAAACUCAGACUCAUUACACAGAGGAACGUGUUUAAACACUUUUCUGAUGUUUAUGGAUUACAGCUGAUAAAAACCCAAUAUGUUUAUCAGAAAACUGAAUGUAAGACAAGAGCAUGUCUAUGCACCAUUCAGUAUGCACUCAACACUUGAAGAGCUUUUUGUACAGAUUACACGGCUCUAAAGAGGUGUUUAAGGAAUACAGGUUGCUUUAAUAGCGACUUUCAGAUCAUUUGCAUCGCUUGGUUUGAUGUCUCUCAAUGCUCUACAGAUUAUCGGUAGGGUUUAGUUCUGGGUAGUUUGCUGAGCAGUCAAACACAGUGAGACCAUGGUCAUUAAAGCAGAAAUUAGUCCUGCAGAUAUUUUAAGCUCAUCAGCAGACGGAAUCAUGAAGUUGUUCUGAAAUAUUCCUGGUUGAUGGCUGAGAUGACCUUGGACCAACAUUAGUUGACCUGUAGAGCUCCAGUAGAGCAGCUGCUUUCUGUUCCAAUGCAAGUAAAAAUAUAUCAUAAUUUUUUUGGGCAGUUGUUAAGGUAGGACCAAUUAGACUGCUGGAAUGGAAGCUGCUCCUCUUCACUGAUCUCCACAUGAAAUUCAAACUUUACAUUCUUCUAAAGACAUUAAUUUUGAGUCCAGUCCUUUUUAGUCCAAUAUGUUUUAUUUUCUACAAACUUAAAAUAUAUCAUGUAUAACGAAUCAAGUUUUACUUUAACUGCUGAAAUAAGCAUUCAUAACAUUUUGAGAUGCACCUGUAUAUCAACUGUGCAAACUUGCAUAUAGAAAUAAAUUGUGUACUAGACAGCUGUUUAGGUCACCUUAAAAGACCCGAUUGAAAAGCCAUCUUUUUGUAACAAAACAGCCAUGUAAAAAUACUGCUGCUAAACCUCAGCGUUUGACAUUCCUCCUCAAUCAUAUACAACGCAACCUUGCUGCCAGAGUAAUGUGCCGAAUUGGUAUGAUUAAGCCUUUUUAUUAGAAGCAAUGUUUCAAGGUCUAAUGUCAGUCACACCAAGGUUAAAGGGUCACAUCCUACUUCUGUAUGCAUGGACAAUCAUUUCCCAGAGAAAGUUAUGAAAUAAUCUUGGCCAACCUGUGUAUUUUUAAAACUGCUAAUGCUGAUGUCCUGAUUUAUUGUGCAUCCCUUGCUCUUCAUCCACUCCACACAGCUUUGUUGGCUUUUGUGAUAUUAAUCUUGUGAAUUAAAUAGUUUAAAUAAAA